AUGCCAGACACGAUCCUCGACGACAUCUCGCAUCGCCGAUACAAUCCUCUUCGGGGAAGUUGGAUCCUGGUCUCUCCUCAUCGCACCAAGAGACCAUGGCAAGGCCAGCAGGAGAGUCCUGGAGUCAUUGAUCUCCCCGUGUACGAUCCCAAAUGCUACCUAUGUCCGGGAAACACGAGAGCCUCGGGAGAUGCCAACCCCAAGUACGAGAACACGUACGUCUUUGUGAACGACUUUAGCGCAGUCAAGGAGGUGCAGGAAGAAUACAGGUCGCAGAAUGAAGGUUCGGGGAGCCUGUCCAGCAUGCUGUUACAGGCCGAGGCGGUCAAGGGCAAAUGCUAUGUCUUGACAUUCAGUGCCGCCCACAAUAUCACGUUGGCGGACAUGUCCCCGGUCGAGAUCCUUCCCAUUGUGAAAACAUGGACAGACAUCUACACGGCGCAUCUAUCCCCCAAGUCACCUCUGGCUGCGCAGGCCAAACCCACCCACCUACCGCCGUCGAACCCCCAUGCCAACGUCGGACGACCCAAGGACCAGUACCGGUGGAUGCAAAUAUUCGAGAACAAAGGUGCCGCCAUGGGUUGCUCCAAUCCUCACCCGCAUGGGCAGAUCUGGACGACCACGUCGUUGCCCGAAGAGCCCGCGAUCGAGUUGGAGCAGUUGAGGAAAUACAAUCGUCAACAAGGCGGCGGGCACAUGUUGGUGGACUAUGCCCGGCUGGAACGGGAGAAGAACGAGCGCGUUGUGUUUCAGAAUGAGACUUUCCUGGUCAUCUGUCCGUGGUGGGCGACCUGGCCGUUCGAGACCAUGAUCUUGCCCGUCAAACACAUCCGCUCUCUGGUCGACAUGGGCGAGAAGGAACAGAGGGACCUGGCGGAGGCCAUCGCAGAGAUCACUCGGCGGUACGACAACCUCUUUGAAACGAGUUUUCCUUACAGUAUGGGUAUCCACCAGGCGCCGCUGGACGGCAGUGACGAAGAGACUGAGUGCGCCAGCCUCCAUCUGCAUUUCUAUCCUCCGCUCCUGAGGAGUGCGACGGUCAGGAAGUUCCUGGUAGGAUACGAAAUGCUGGCGGAGCCCCAGAGAGACAUCACGCCGGAACAAGCUACAGUCAGGCUGCAGAAUUGCUCGGGAGAAUUGUACAGAAAGAAGCUGGGUAAUAACAAGGAGGUGGGAGAAGAGGUUCAAAAGCAGCCUGCGCCCGACAAGGCCAUGACAGGACCCAGCUCAUAA